CCUCGCCUGUCCGACUAGAGAGAGCUCGACGUAGCUGCAACGACCAAGACCUCCUCUGUCAACCACCAUCCACGACACCGGGAACGAUACACGCUGAAACGACCACGAUGAGUCUCACGUAUGGCCUGGGAGGCAUGGGGAGCACCCUCCUCGUUGUGGGAGCUUACAUGCUCUUCACAGGAUCGGGCGAGGCCUUUAAUGUCGGCGAAUUCCUUGAAUCUAUCUCACCCUAUGCGUGGGCGGACACGGGCAUCGCCCUCUGCAUCGGUCUUUCAGUCGUAGGCGCGGCAUGGGGUAUCUUCAUCACCGGUUCUUCCAUUCUCGGCGCGGGCGUUAAGGCGCCCCGGGUGCGAACCAAGAAUUUGAUCUCCAUUAUCUUCUGCGAAGUUGUCGCCAUUUACGGCGUCAUCAUGGCCAUUGUCUUUUCUGCCCAGCUCGAGAACGUCCAGGGUGCCACUUUGCACGACGGCAAUAGUUACUACACUGGGUUCGCCCUUUUCUGGGCCGGUAUCACCGUCGGAAUGUGCAACCUGAUCUGCGGUGUCGCCGUCGGCAUCAACGGCAGUGGAGCCGCGCUGGCCGACGCCGCCGACCCCACACUUUUUGUCAAGAUACUCGUUGUCGAGAUCUUCAGCUCCGUCCUCGGUCUUUUCGGUCUGAUCAUCGGUCUCCUUGUCUCCGGCAAGGCCAACGCCUUCGGCAAGGCAUAAAUAUGACACGCGAUGUAAAUGACAUCAAGGGGUUCAAAAGAAGGAGAUUACUACGGACAGCAUAGCAAAUGCCGGCCUCGGGCACGAUGUACAGUGGAGUACUGCAUUACACCAAGACUACUUGGGCUGGCGUUAAUGGCAUACGGGCAGGGCGAGGAUAUUUUGUAUUGUACACUAUGGAAGUAUUAUAGCUUUUCAUCGAGAUGAUU